ACGAACCAUUGCCAGAGAUCACUUCAGAUUUGCAAAUAUAUAUAAACAGAAAAGUUCAAAAACAGGCCGGCUUGGGAUGGUUUUUUUGGGUCGAACGAGUUGAGAUGUUCACCUGAAAUGAUGCAACGACUCUCAAGGACAUUCCCUUCUGUAAAGCAGCCAAACCCUAAAUCCCCAAAAAUAUCAUCUUUCCCACGAUCGCUGCCAAUCAAAUCAGAAGAAGCAACAUCGAACUCUCCAUCAAAAUCAAGAAGAUCAUGGUCUGUGUAUCUCAUCCUUUCCACCAAUACCCCCAUAAAGACCUACGUUGGUGUCACCACUGAUUUCUCUCGCCGUUUGAAACAACAUAAUGGUGAACUAAAAGGGGGUGCAAAAGCAUCCUGUGCUGGAAGACCAUGGAUUUGUGCAUGCCUAAUACAUGGUUUCAAGGACCAAAGUGAAGCUUGUGAGUUUGAAUCCAAAUGGAAAAGUUUAUCAAGAAGCUUGCCUAGGAAAAGAAAGAAUGACAAGAAGGUGGAGCAAGUAAAGGAUUUGUCACUUCCAUUGCUGCAGCACAGGCAAGCAGCUCUAAACAGAGUUAAAGGUUUGCUGGAUUGCACUCAUUUAGAAAUUGAUUGGAAACUGGGCCCUUUGUGAUUUGAUAAUUAAAUCGCAUUGUAAUUAAUAUGUUUAUAACUAGAAAUGUUGUAGAACUCAGAAAGAUCAAUCAUACUUUUCAGGAACGAA